UAAAUAUGGUAUCUUUUGUUGGAUUUCAGAUUCGCGAUGCAUGCAUUCAUCACUCUCUGCUUCCUGGUUGUCGUCAUGUAUGCUCUCCAUUUUACUGAGGGAGCAUACAAGAAGCCGCCAUUCAACGGUUCCAUUUUCGGAAAGCGGGGCUACGUUGAAUAUGAUUCAACAGGCAGAGCAUUGUCUGUCCUCUGUGAAAUUGCCUCCGAAACCUGCCAGGCGUGGUAUCAAGCCUUGGAAAAUAAUUAAUUUCGUACAAUCUAUUCCAUUCAAAAUCUCUGAAAUGUAUUACUAUAGGUGCACUCAGCCUUUUCAACUUUCAAUACAUACUUACGCUUUAAGGAAUAUGUAGAUAACAUUUGAGGCGUGUUUCUUAAUAUAUAAGAAUUAAUCUAAUUAUUCUGUAGUCUAGUCUAGCAUGGCUCUAGUCCAAAUAUGGCUUUAUAAUUUUUAUUUUACCUGUAAUUAAAAUAAAUCGUGAUUUAAAAGUUAUAAACAUUUUUAUCCAAGCUGAUA